AUGUGUGAUAUAAAUAAUAAAGAUAAUAAUAAUGAACAAAAAUGGGAAUCAGUUGAAUCAAUUGCAACUUCAAUUAGUUUACAGUCGUUUUGGUUCACAAUGGAGAAAUGGACUCUAGACCCACAACACAUCAUGAAACCAGUCAAGAGAUAUCAGAUUAAAUCGAGAUCGACAUUCGAUAUCGAUGAUAAACAAUUGUCAGAGCAAAUCUAUACAACAAAUGAUCAACCUACACCUUCAAUUACAACACCACCACCAGACCAUCAUAAUCAUGGUCACGGACAUGGUCAUGUUCACGGUCAUAAUCAUACAGAGAAUAAUCACCAGCAGCAACAACAAGAUGAAAACGAAGAAUCAAUUGAUUAUCAAAAUGAAUUGAUUGAAUCUAUUGUAUUUAAGAGACAUUUAAUACCGAGAUUAGCAGAGAAAGACAAUACAAUCGAUGACUCUGUUACCCAUUCGAAAUCACAACAAACCAGCACCUUUAAACCGUUGGUACCAGAGGAUGUUUCAAAUUUAGCGGAAUAUCUUCCAUUCUACUAUCCAAAAGUAAAACAAUUUAGAUUUAGAUAUAUUAAGAAUACUUAUUUAAAGGUAGAUGAUAAUAAUAACAACAUCAAUCAACAAGAGAAUAAGAAUGUAGUUAACGACAAUAACAAUACCGAGAACAACAACAACAACAAUACAAAUACAACAGAUAAUAACAACAAUAACAAUAACAAUACAGAUAAUAACAAUAAUAACAACAAUAAUAAUAAUAAUAAACGUAAAUCAGUUGAAUUGGAAGAUUUGGAUUUGGAGGAAGAAGGUCAAAAGAUUCAUGAGAUUAGAAUGGAAGUGAUUUAUUUGGAAGGUGAGGAUCAGGAUGAAUACAAGGAGAAACUAAAGAAGAUAUGUUUUUCGUUGCUAGAGAAACUCAAUAAGUGGGGUGUUGGUCAUGAAGCCGGUUACAAGAAGCGUGUCUAUCACGAUUGUAUCAUACCGAAGGACGUCUACUUGGAUAACUACGAGCGUUUGAAAUCAAAGUAUAAGAAUUGGGCUGUCGGUUGGGAAGACGUAACCAAGACCGAUCCGCAAAAGUUUGUAUUCGAAGACAUUGCCAUCGCUGCCUACAUCAUCUCGCUAUUCCACCUAGAGAACCAAGACCGAAACACACCCGAUUACAAACAGUCAUUCGUAGAUCUCGGCUGUGGCAAUGGAUUCCUCGUCAACAUACUCAACCUCGAGGGUUACCCAGGCAUUGGAAUCGAUCUUCGUUGUCGUAAAGUCUGGAAGAAAUACGAUGAAUCCGUACAAAAGAAUCUAAUCGAGCAUGGUAUACAACCAAAAGAUCAAUCUUACACUGAAUACGAUUGGAUUAUUGGUAAUCAUUCUGAUGAGUUGACACCUUGGAUACCUUAUAUAGCUUCGAAAUCAAAGAAACAAAGAUUCUUCUUGUUGCCAUGUUGUUUCUUUAACUUUAUGAAUAAGUUUCAGGAUAACGAUAAGAAGAUAGGACAGUAUAUGACCUAUUUGAACUAUAUCGAGAGAGUAUCGAAUCAGUGUGGUUUCAACGUGAUAAGAGAUGCCAUGAGAAUACCAUCGACCAAGAAUGUCGUUUUCAUUUCGUCGCAGCGCUCGCCGGAUAUCACAGAGGAGCAACUCGAGAAGCAGAGACAAGCACUCUUGGUUCAUUCAAACUUUAAGGAAUUCACUCUCAGACCGGAACAAAGUAAAUACACUCCAAAGAAAAGAUAUAGACCCGGUGAAUAUAAUCCACAUUUAGGUAUAAUCAUGGGUCCAAAAGUUGAUAAGAAAAAGAACAAUAAUCAGAAUAAUAACAAUCAAAAUAAGAAUAAUAAUAAUAAUAAUCAAAAUAAUAAGAAUAACAAUAACAAUAAGAAUAUUACUCUUACAAAUAACAAUACAAAAGUAAUUGAUAAAUCAAAUAAUGUAAUAAUAGAUACAACAACAACAAAUUCAAAUAAGAUCAACGAGAAAUCAACUGUUACUGCUUCUGCUACUGUUACUGCUGAUGAUGCAGCUGCUGUUUUAAUUAAUGUAGAUAAUAAUAAAGAGAUUGAAAAUCAAUGA